AUGAAAUUCUUAGGAUCCGUUGCAUAUACAUUAUGCUGGAGCAUCAGUAUCGUCUGCUGCGAACUACCAGCCUUCGUUGUUUCCACAGUGGCGGAGAAGUACAAAGAUCUCCACGAUAUCCGCGUUCUGAAACGGCCGCCUCCAGCUAUCCUACGCAAGAAGCGACGGUCACUUACCCCACCACCUGUUACAAGAUCAAGGCUUCCCGGAAAUCGCCGUCAAAUAUGGGCCGAUCAAUCAGAAAGUUUACUACUUACUGCUCUACCUUAUGAGCUUAGAGUUAUGAUAUGGAAAUACGUAGUAGGAGAUCAAUACAUCCAUCUCGGCCUCUUGAAAUGUCCGACAAAUCGCGGCCGGCUGGCUUAUAUCCUUUGCCAAUCUACUGAACCAAGUGACUGGCCACGCUGUGAAGCAGCAUGCUUUAAGAGAUGGCACACUUAUCAGCCAGAAUCAAAUCAACGCUUGAGUCUCUCGUACAACGUGAAGCCGUGGAAGCCUCCUCUCAUAGAACUGCUUCAGACGUGCCAUCAAAUUUAUUCCGAGACCAUAGAUCUCAUAUAUGAGUGCAAUACUUUCGACACAACAGUAUCUAACUGCACGCGAUUUCUCCCUCGUUUCUUGUUACCACAACGUCUCAACGCCAUCCGUACACUUCGUCUCGAAUGGCGUAUCCUAGCCCACGAAACAUUCUUUGGUGUAGACGGGCUUGAAAAGACGACUAAAGACCAAUUAUAUUAUCAGAAAGAAUGGAAAGACACAUGGAAAUGUCUUGCGGACAUGAAAGGCCUGCGGGAUCUUCGAGUUAAAUUGAAUUUCGUACAAUAUUCUGCUAGCAUUUUAUGUUUGGAGAGCUCCUUCCUUGACCCAAUCAAGGAGGUCACGGCUCCUGAUGUAUUUGAGGUAAGUAUAUCUCGUUGGGCGAUGGGGGGUAUGUUCUACUUGACCGGCUCAACCUGGGUGGAUCUUCCUUGUAAAGUUGACAUAUUUUCAAGUCGCGUAUCUUUAUAUGGCUUUGCUGCUUAA